GUCGAAGUUCAUAGUCAGCACCUUUAGAUUUGCUACGCAUAUUUUGGUUAUAAAAUAUUACAUUAUUUCUAGAUAGUAUUAACUCUCGUUAAAAAUACAUAUUGUCACACACUCUAAUUUUAACAGAGCGGAAGUUUCCUCUCUUUGGUUAAGAUUCCUUUAAACCCUUCGAGCUAUUUAUGUUGUGUGCGCGCUGGGUUGAAUCCUCCGAAGGUCAUUAAAACAAGGUCAUGGGUGGUAAAACCAAGCCAUCCUCAGCUGGCAAACCUUUGAUGGGUUAUGAUGAGAUAGUUAUUCAAGAAGAUGACUCCAAAUGUUGUUCGUGUACACCGAGUUGGGUCAAGACAUUUUUAAUUUUCUUCACUGCAAUUAUCUUGCUGAUUGCAUUAGCUUUAAUCGGGUUGGGAGUUUUCCUCCUAGUUAUUCGUUUGCCCUUUGUUCCCGUGCUGCUGGGUGAAAUUGCUUACUUAAGUCAUUUUCUAAUGUUCGUUGUUGGAGGACUUCUGGUGGUCGUGUGCAUAAUUGGAUUCAUCGGAGUUUCAAAUGGAAAGUCCACUCUACUUUUGACAUUUGCUUGGAUAUUGUUCAUCAUCUUAUUAAUUCAAUUCACUACUGGUAUUUUGGCUCUGUGUUUCUCCAAUAUUCUGACUGAAUGGCUUGCUGACAGAUUGAUGCUUACCAUGCAAACUCUGUACUUCCGCGACACUGAUGGUGUUGACGCUGCUGUAGACCACAUACAACAAAAGUUCAAAUGCUGUGGAUCAAGGAGUUACCGAGAUUGGACAGAUAGCAUCUUUCAAAAUUAUUCGAAACGAAAUGAAAUAUUACCAUAUCCAAAUUAUCCACUAGUUGUUCCUGAUUCAUGUUGCGUAAGAUCAGUUAAAAGCUGUGGAACACUACCGCACCCAUCGAAUGUUUAUAAUGAGGUAGGUGUUAUAUAUAUUUGAACACAAAUAUUUGUACAAAAGUCCACUGAAUAAAUAUGCGCCACAGUCACUUGAUGUGUGUGUGGGCUGUGUUACUGCCGGGUGCCCAGACCUAAGCAGGUGGUUUUCGUAUUGGGGCACACCCGGGGCUUUUGACAUAAAGCUCUAAUCUACAAGGCAACAGAACUACGUUGAGAGAUGCAUUCUCAUCGUUGCUAGUGAUUAAUGAUAGGUUAAAGUGCCGGACAUUCACUUUUCGUCCCCUCAAUUUCGUAAACAACACCCGCUUCUCGAGAAGGCAGUGAAUAGGAGUUACCUGUCGGUGGCUGUAUACGCGUGGUCAUGUGAGAGCAUUUCUAGUUCAUUUUAUUUAUUUAUUUUAACAUAUAGAUAUUGGUACAAGGGGGGCACCAAAUACAUAUGCGCCACACAAAUCUCACUUGAUAUGUGUGAGGGCUGUGAUACUGCCCGGGUACCUAGACCGAGGCAGGUGGUUUUCUUGGGGGGUUACACGCGGAGCCUUCGACCUGAAGGUCUGAUCCACAAGGCAGUGUAGCAUCGUAAGGAGAUGCAGUCCCAUGGUAGCCGGUGACCAACGAUUGGUUCAUACGCCAUUUGUUCCUUCAGGAUACUGGAGCGCAUGUGCAUAAUCGGUUUGGAAUUAGUAUUUUCCAACUCCCCUAGGUGGAGUCUCUGUGUCCACCGACCCUGUUAGAGCGUCGAAUAUUCACUUUUCAUCCUCUCAACUCCGUAAACAACAGCCUUGUCGCGAGAAGGCAUUGAAUAGGAGUACCUGUCAGUGGCUGUAUACGCGUGGCCAUGUGAGAGCAUUUCUAGAGGGAGAGCGGACUCUCCCCAACCUCGGCCAUAU